UCUUGGCUCACUCUAAUCGUAGGAGGCGGACGCACCACCAGUCGAGUCGAUGCGCAACUGUUUUCUGCACGCUCGCUACGCCGCCCGCGACGCGUUCGUACAUGCGUUUCACCACCGCUCCGCUGCGCCGUUUGUGUUCAUGUUCAUGUGCCGCCGGAUUGUUGUUGCACCACGCGGACUCUUGUCAUCCAAGCUGCCGCUGACUUUGGGAUUUUUCUAGUGCUGAUAUUUGUGCGAAUUGCUGUCGGCUGUCAAUUUUAGCGAUCACCACCAACAUACCUACCCCAGCCAUGUUUAACCACUGGUAGCGCAACGCGCGUGAUGCCCCCUCAGGGCGGCAGCUAACAGCAUCAACUCUUCGAUUCACUCCUGCCCCUGGUCCGGCCCAGCCAUUGGCGUGGAGAUAGCCCCCUCACUAAGCCCGAUGGGGGGCGACACCUCCCCGGAGCAGCAAUACUCGCUGCGCUGGAAUGACUUCCAUUCCAGCAUACUCAGCUCGUUCAGGCACCUCAGGGACGCAGAGGACUUCGUUGAUGUCACGCUGGCCUGUGAUGGGUGUUCGUUUACGGCGCACAAGGUCGUGCUUUCAGCGUGUAGUCCCUAUUUUAGAAGUUUAUUGAAGGCAAAUCCUUGCCAGCACCCCAUUGUGAUACUCAGGGAUGUACAGCAGAAAGAUAUGGAGAGUUUAUUAAGGUUUAUGUAUAAUGGGGAAGUUCAUAUAGGCCAAGAACACCUCACGGACUUUUUAAAGACUGCACAAAUGUUACAAGUUAGAGGACUGGCCGACGUUCAAAGACUGACACCAUCUGACCACAACAAGAUCUCACCUACGUCUCCGUCCACAGUCCUUCCAUGGCCUCCCGACCGCGUGAGCCUGGCCCCCCACGAUCCCGACCAUCUUCGAUCUCCGCCUUCGAAACGUCCCCGGAGUCAGGAGGACCGCCCGGAAAGUCCGCUGGGUAACAGUCAAACGCCGCCCGCCCAGAGACAGAAUGGAGAUGCCCAUCUUCACCAGCAAGAGUCACUGCUUGGACAAGCGUUGGAGGGGGGACCGACCAUCAUCACCAAGGAGAAAGUAGAAAGGAGCGAUUCGUCAAUCCUAGCCCAAUCCGCUGGUGAAGACAGCAUGGCAGCGAGCGAUAGCGACACUGCCGUCACCAGUGACGGCGGCGGAGGUGGGGGCGGGGGCACUCCUGGAGGUGGAAGAGAAGAAAGGAGAUUGGGUGGUGAACAUGAGCCUCCCAUUACACCCAAGACCGAACCCGCAGAUUACCCGCCACAUAUGGACGAUCCGCACCAUCAUUUCGGCUCGAACGGCGGUUUGCUGGAUCCGAGUAGAGGGGGGUUCACUGGAGCACUGCUUGGUAUACCCGAAAAUCUUACUGGAGAUUGAGAAAAUAGUCCGUGUGUGAAUCACAUAGACAGCUGGACCUGUACAAGAAUUAUCUAACAAUGAACAACUGAAUCAUAAAAUUGGAAGGAACCUAAAGUAUCAAAUUCAAUUUAUUUUUAAUCCAAGUCAGUAUGGUUCCACAUUUAAUUGAUACCAGAGCAUUCUGGUCAGAAGUGACCUUCUAGAUCUAAAAAAGGCUCAGCAAAACAUACAACAUUCAUAAGACUAAAGCUGAAAACAGAUAAGCUCUUCAGGGAUGGAAAAUCGAUGAAUGUCGAGAGAUACUAACACAAUCAUAAUGAAUUUAAAGAAGAACGCAACUGACUCACCAGCAGGGCUAAAUAAGGACAAAACUUAAAGACUGCCUACCGAACCGUGUGGAUGUCGCCACCGCAUGAAAAUUGAGCAUGUGACAGGCGCCAAAUGCAAACUGUGCAUGAAAAAAUAAAAGUCCGUAGAAAAUUCUGUUCUCAAGAUGCAAUCCAUUAAGUAGGAAAUCACAACGAAGAUACACCCUAAAACAUAAUCGCU